AUGACCAACAGCGAUCAUUCACAGCAAUCAGCCAGCGAUCAGCUACAGCGAACAGCCAUUGAUCAGCCAAAGCGAACAGCCAGCGAUCAGCCCCAGCGAUCAGCCAGCGAUCAGCCACAGCGCUCAGCCAGCGAUCCGCCAACGACCAGCCACAGCGAGCAGCCAACAAAUCAGCCACAGCGAUCAGCCACAGCGAUCAGCCAGCGAUCAGCCAGCGAUCAGCCACAGCAAUCAGCCAGCGAUCAGACACAGCGAUCCACCAGCGACCAGCCACAGCGAUCAGCCCGCGAUCAGCCACAUCGAUCAGCCAGGGAUCAGUCACAGCAAUCAGUCACAGCUAUCAGCCACAGCAACCAGCCACAGCAAUCAGCUACAGCGACCAGCCAGCGAUCAGCCACAGCGAUCAGCCACAGUGAUAAGCCAGCAAUCAGCCACAACAAUCAGCCAGCCAUCAGCCACAGCGAUAAGCCAGCGAUCAGCCAAAGAAUGAUAGCUGGCUGA